AUGCGGGCCAAAGACAGCAAUCCACCAGAUGGUGGCUAUGGAUGGGUUGUGGUAGUGUCAGCCUUCAUGGUGAUGGGCCUCACUGCUGCUGUCCUCAAGAGUUUUGGUUUGUUCUUUGUUGAAAUCCAGCAGCACUUUGAUGAACUUGCAAGCACUACUUCCUGGAUCACAUCAGUAACUAUUGCCAUCUUUCAUUUAGGAGCCCCUGUUGCCAGCUCACUGUGUGUGCGGUACACCCAUCGGGCGGUUGUGAUCACUGGAGGACUCCUGGCUUUUUCAGGAAUGGCACUGGGAUUUCUUGGACUCAACAUGGUCUGGAUGUAUGCAACAACUGGCUUCCUACAGGGACUUGGGAUUUCCUUUUCAUGGACACCAGCCAUUAGCAUUGUUAGCCAUUAUUUCUCCAAGAAAAGAGCUUUGGCCAAUGCUAUUGCCAGUGCCGGAGAAUGUGCCUUUGCAUUCACAUUUGGGCCAUUUUUCCAGUGGCUGAUUAGUCAAUAUGGAUGGAGAGGUGCCCUCUUGAUCAUUGGUGGCAUCCAACUCAAUAUUUGUGUCUGUGGAGUACUGAUGCGACCCCUGGCAAGCAGCUGCCUCCUUGAAGCUAGCUGUUCUGAAACAUCACCUGGCAAAGGCUCAUCUAAGAUAGACAAAAAGGAUGAGUUUCCCAUCGCACACAGAACCUUCAACUGGAUGCUUGUGAGGCAACCGGAGUUUGUACUUUAUGCCAUUUUUGGCAUAUUAGCUGCCAUGAGUUUUUUUGUUCCUCCAUUAUUUUUAGUUCCACUUAGCUACAGCCUCGGCAUAGAUGAAUCGUGGACUGCAUCCCUCCUAUCCAUUUUGGCAAUGGUGGAUUUUGCAGGCAGACUGCUAUGUGGCUGGUACGCCAACCUCCAUGUUACCAAGACUGUUCAUUUGCUGACAAUGACAAUUACACUGAUCAGUACUUCCCUGAUGCUUUUGCCACUGGCUAACAAUUACCUGUCCUUGGCAAUAUUCACUGGCUUUUAUGGAUUCUUCUUUGGCACAACAGUUGCCGUUCACAUUACAGUGCUGGCAGAUGUUGUAGGCAUGCCAGAUUUUGACAGUGCUCUGGGGCUUUUCAUGCUCAUUCGAAGCACUGGAGGUUUUGUGGGGCCUCCUCUUGCAGGUCUGAUCGUGGACAUGGCUGAAGAUUACAGAGCAGGCUUCUACAUGGCAGGAGCCACUCUUGUCCUGUCAGCUGGAUUUCUAGUAAUUUUAGGUCAACUCCAACAGAAGAAAGAAAGAGGAAGCCAGACUAAUACUAAAAAAGAAAAGUCAGCAUUACCCUACCCUUCCCUCCAUCUUCUGAAACUUCAGAACAGAAGAGAGAAUGUAAAAAAAGGG